AUGUCAGGAAAGGAGCGGACGGAGCCACAGUGGGUAACGCCUUCAUCAAAUCAGGUAUCCUCGCAAGAUGUUCCACCGGAUUACGAAACGAUUGGUACCAUAUUUGGCUACGCUCUCGUCGCCCUAUCCUGGCUUCUCAUUAUACUCACUUUUCCAUUCUCCAUGUGCGUCUGUCUAAAGGUUAUCAAAGAGUACGAGAGAGUUGUAAUUUUCCGCAUUGGUCGAUUAGUAUUUGGAGGAGCACGUGGGCCUGGAAUGAUUUUCAUCAUACCUUGCAUUGAUACGUAUAGGAAAAUCGAUCUAAGGGUCGUGUCUUAUGCCGUACCUCCUCAAGAGAUCUUAUCAAAAGAUUCGGUAACCGUAUCAGUCGACGCCGUCGUUUACUUCCGCACUUCCGAUCCUAUUGCAUCUGUGAACAACGUUGAUGACGCUAUAUAUUCGACGAAACUUCUGGCUCAAACUACACUCAGGAACGCUCUGGGUAUGAAAACCCUCACAGAAAUGUUAACGGAGCGUGAGGCUAUCGCACAACUAUGUGAGACGAUCCUUGAUGAGGGUACCGAGCAUUGGGGUGUAAAGGUUCGUAGAACAAAUGCUGUAAGACAGGCGAAACGAAGAGCCCGCAUGGUGUGGUAG